AUGGCUGCAUCACCGCCAUCUCAGGCACUUGUGCGGCGACACUCUUCGAACGAUGUCGCUCUCAUGCCGCCACCACCUCUCAAAAAGAUCAAAAGACCGCCUACCGUUCUCGAUGAAGACCAUUAUACGUCAGCACUGUCCGAUAUCAUCGCACGAGACUACUUCCCCGGCCUGCUCGAGAGUCAGGCGCAGCAUGAAUACUUGGCCGCUUUAGAAUCUGGAAAUGAAUCGUGGAUUGCGGAAGCGGCGCAGAAAUUGAGGGACGCCGCGGCACCGGUGUCUAGUAGUAAGAGGAGGUCAGCGAGGAACACACGAUUUGAUCAAACCCCGUCCGGCACGCCACGAGGAAAUGCUGGAGGCGUCGCUGAUACACCUGUGGGAUACGCCGGUAGUGAGUCGCCCGUUACUGUGGCAGGAUCUAAAUUUGAAGACGAAGGAACGCAGCGAAAAAACCCACUCGACACAUCGACCCUCUCACUCGGCGCAUUCCAAGCAAAGUACACAUCUGAGGACAACGAAUCUUUCAAUGCUCUCCUGGACAAGCAGAACCAGAAGCGCCGUGAGAAGCACACGUAUCUCUGGACUCAAGACCAGCAGCUUCCUUCGGCGCGACAAAUCGCCCAUCGAGCCCGCGAAGCAAAACUACUCCGGCAGCGACAAGAUGAUGAAGCGAGAGGGAAAGCCCUCGUGCCCAUGAACGCCGGCGCGACGGAUUCACGACCUGCGAAGCCCGACUCAUGGACCAUCCAGCGCCCAGACAACAGCUUCAUGUUCCACGCCAGUUCCGUGGAGGAGGAUGGCGUACAGACUAUGCAGGAAGUGAGGGAACAGAAUUCCAAGGCUGGGCCAAAACACGUCGUCCAUGCCAAUACCAGAUUCCCACCCGUGCUAUAUGUGGAGGAUCCCGGUCCGGUCCCCCCGUCGCCAUCUCUCAAUACUGAAAUCAUCGCACAACGAGACGCACGACGUGCCCGGGCAGAGACAAGCGCAGGCACGGAGUUCGCUGGUGGCGAAACACCCCGUGUCAACGGCUAUGCCUUUGUCGAUGAAGACGAGUGCGAGAACCUACCAGACGGCAACAAAAGCAUCAGACCAAGUUACCGCGACCUCCUCGCUGGCCAAGUCGACGCCAACGCAACACCCAAUCCGUUCAAAAUCACCGAAUUACGACCGCGCGAGGACCUACAUCUACGCAUGUUGGAGAAACAGACGAAGCGCAAACGCGAGGAGGAACGGCGUACGCUCAGACCUGCUCCUACUCCCACGGGGAAGGGUAGCACCCCCGCAGGCAACAUGACGCCAGCAGCGAGGAGAUUGAUGGAGAGACUCGGAGGUGGAAAGACGCCUGCAAGGACUCCCGGUAUCGGUGGGGGAACGAGUGCGAAGGAUAUGUGGACGCCGGGACGGACGCCGAGGAGGAAGAAUUUGAAUGCUGGGAAGUAA